GAGGCUCCAAGAGAAAUGGCGAAAUCCAUGGAGUGCUCCGAUUAUCGCGUUUUGCUCAAACCAAUCCCAAUUCCAAUCUCGACCCAACCAACAACAUGCUCUUCCUUCUCUGGGAAAGAAAAAAAAAAAUCUUUAUUUCUGCCUUGUUUUUCUUUUACUUUCGUCCUUUGAACCCAUCAAUGGUGACAUUCCUGUUGCAUCGGCUUUUGGGUUAGAACCCUUAUCCAAAGUGAUGGGUUUCAUUUGAUUUCAAUCAAACUCCAAGGAAUUUUACAUUCACUGUAAGGAAUGGAAAUUACUGUAGGUUCCCAUGUAUGGGUUGAAGACCAAGAAUUGGCUUGGGUUGAUGGGGUUGUAACCAGUGUUAAUGGAAAUGAAGCUGAAGUUGAAACUAUUAAUGGGAACCAGGUUACUACAAAGUUAUCUAAAUUGUAUCCCAAGGAUAUGGAAGCACCCGAUACGGGUGUUGAUGAUAUGACUAAGCUAUCAUACUUGCACGAGCCUGCUGUGCUUCACAAUUUGGCCACCAGAUACGGAAUCAAAGAGAUUUAUACGUACUGUGGGAACAUUCUCAUCGCCAUCAAUCCAUUCCAAGCAAUCUCACAUUUAUAUGAUACCGAAUUGAUGGACAGCUAUAAAGGGGCUCAACUAGGGGAUCGGAGCCCUCAUGUUUUUGCGAUUACUGAUGUUGCAUAUAGGGCUAUGAAUAACGAAGGCAAAUCCAAUUCUAUACUAGUCAGUGGUGAAAGUGGGGCAGGUAAGACUGAAACCACCAAAAUGAUUAUGCGCUAUCUUGCAUAUUUGGGUGGCCAUGCUGCUGCUGAAGCACGGACUGUUGAACGAAAAGUUCUAGAAUCAAAUCCUGUUCUUGAAGCAUUUGGAAAUGCAAAAACUGUCAGGAAUAACAACUCAAGUCGUUUUGGAAAAUUUGUUGAGAUUCAAUUUGAUGCAUGUGGACAAAUAUCAGGGGCUGCCAUCAGAACUUAUCUCCUAGAAAAAUCUCGUGUUUGCCAAAUUUCAGAGCCUGAACGGAACUACCACUGUUUUUACCUUCUUUGUGCUGCACCACCGAAGGAGAUCGAGAAAUAUAAGUUGGGAGAUCCUAAGUCGUUUCAUUACCUUAACCAAUCUAGUUGUUAUGAACUGGUUGGUGUAGAUGAUUCCCAUGAUUAUCUUGCCACCAAGAAAGCUAUGGAUAUUGUUGGGAUAAGUGUGGAGGAACAGGAUGCAAUUUUCAGAAUUGUGGCUGCAAUUCUUCAUCUGGGCAAUAUUGCAUUUGCUUUGGAGGGAGAAGAUUCUUCUGUGUUAGAGGAUGACAAAGCCAAAUUCCAUCUUCAAGUUGCAGCAGAGCUACUCAUGUGUGAUCUUGAAGCAUUGGAAACUGCACUGUGUAAGCGCAAUAUGGUCACUCCAGAAGAAGUUAUCAAAAGGAGCCUUGAUCCACUUGGUGCAGCAAUUAGCAGGGAUGGUUUAGCAAAGACAAUAUAUGCUCGUUUGUUUGACUGGUUGGUUAAGAAAAUUAAUGUCUCUAUUGGGCAAGAUCCUGACUCAAAAUGUCUCAUUGGAGUCCUUGACAUAUAUGGUUUUGAAAGUUUUAAAACUAGCAGUUUUGAACAGUUCUGUAUAAACUUCACCAAUGAAAAGCUGCAGCAACAUUUCAACCAGCACGUGUUCAAGAUGGAGCAAUCUGUAUACCAAGAGGAGGAAAUAGAUUGGAGCUAUAUAGAUUUUGUUGAUAAUCAAGAUGUUUUGGAUCUUAUCGAAAAGAAACCAGGGGGGAUCAUUUCUCUUCUUGAUGAAACAUGCAUGUUUCCGAAAUCAACCCAUGAAACCUUUGCCCAAAAGCUCUAUCAGACAUUCAAGGAUCACAAACGCUUUGUAAAGCCAAAAUUGGCUCGCACAGAGUUCACCAUUGUCCAUUAUGCAGGAGAGGUCCAGUAUCAGUGUGAUCAGUUUUUAGACAAAAACAAAGACUAUAUUGUUCCUGAACAUCAGGAGUUGUUGAGUACUUCCAAAUGUUCCUUUAUAGCAAGCCUUUUCCCUUCACUUAAUGCGGAGACACCUAAAUCUGGCAAGUUCUCAUCUAUUGGUUCUCGUUUCAAGUUACAGUUACAACAGUUGAUGGAUAUACUAAAUUCUACCGAACCCCACUAUAUAAGAUGUAUAAAACCAAACUCUGAUUUAAGACCUGAAAUAUUUGAGAAUGUCAGUGUCUUGCAGCAACUACGUUCUGGUGGUGUUCUAGAGGCAAUCAGAGUCAAGUGUGAGGGAUACCCUACUAAUAGAAUCUUUAGUGAAUUUCUAGAGCGAUUUUCUAUUCUUGUGCCAGAAGUUUUGAAAGAGAAUGUUGAAGAAAAUGUUGCAUGCAAAUCAAUUAUGGAGAAGGUGGGGCUUUCAAAUUAUCAGAUAGGGAAAACUAAGAUUUUUUUGAGAGCUGGUCAGAUGGCAGAGUUAGAUGGACGCAAAGCAAAAUUACUUGGAGAGUCAGCAAAGGUUAUUCAAAAGCAAGUUAGAUCCCGUAUAGCUCGUAAACGCUAUGUUCGUAUCCAAACGGCUUCUAUUUGUAUACAAACUGUUUUGAGGGGACAACUAGCUUGUGAAUCACUUAAAUUCAGGAAAAGAACAGCAGCUGCUGUCAAAAUUCAGAAGUCUGCCCGCAGAAAAUCUGCUAGUAGGAAGUACACUAAUAUCAAAUCUUCAGCAAUUGUUGUGCAGACAGGAAUACGUGCCAUGGUUGCCCGUAAUGAAUUCAGAUCUAAGAUGCAAAACCAUUCUGCAACUAUAAAGGCUGCUACAGAAGAAGAAGAAAAGGACAGUGGAAAAGAAGAAAAGGACAUUGGAAAAGAAGAAAAGGACAAUGGAAAAGAAGAAAAGGACAUUGGAAAAGAAGAAAAGGACGUUGGAAAAGAAGAAAAGGACGUUGGAAAAGAAGAAAAGGACAGUGGAAAAGAAGUCGAGGAACCCGAAGAUAAAGAGCCAGAAAAGCAACCAACUGUCGAAGUACAAGAGAAAGAAGAGCUACCGGAUCCUCCAGUAGCUGUACUUGAGCAGAACAAACCUGACAAAACCGAUGUGUCUCCUGACAAAGAGCAAGAGGUCACGGAGGAAUCAAAUGAACCGUAUCAUAUUGUUGAAGAAAUAUCAAGCCCCAUCCAAGAUGUUUUAACAGCUGAGGAGCUUCCAUCAGAAGUUGAACAGCUAAAGGUCCUCUUGAUAGGAGAAAAGAAAAGAGCUGAUGAAUAUCAAAAGAAACAUGCUGAAGCCCAAGAAUUAAGCGAGCAAAGACGCAAGAAAUUGGAAGAAACUGAAAAGAAAGUACAUCAGCUUCAAGAAUCUUUGAACAGACUCCAUCAAGUUCAAAACCAGCCUCUCCACCCAUUGCUCGAGUUGAUUACUUUGAUAAUUCGGACAACUCUGAUGCUUCAUCAACUGGCUCAGAUUUUGCGUUUCCAGCUUCAGGUCGUGAUUCAGCCAACAACUCUUGUCCCCGUCCUAAAGCUCCCCAGGUGCAUGUUAAAGAUGCUACAGCCACUGAAAUUACAGGUACUGCGGACAGUGAUAAGGAGGGGGCAUUUGAUGACUACUUCUGAUGGAUCUUUGUGCUUCUGCUUCUUCUUAUCUAUAGAUGACAGAUAUAAACACAAUUUUAGUAGAGAAUUACAGUGUAGGCAUGCAAAACACAAACCAAAUUCUUACACAUAAAAGAUGCAAGAUUUGUAUAUAGGAGUAAGAUUCUUAGGGUUCUUUAGGUCAAAUAGUUAGCUAAUCCUUCCAAAAUGCCAUUCCCCUAGUGGAUAUGCAUUAGUUUCAUUUGUAUCUUCACUAACAGUCGCCAUGACUUGUCUCUAACAAGUAUAUUGAAAAUGUCUCAAAAUGAGGUUCUCUGCA